GUCUCGUCACAGCCAGUCUGAGCUCUGUUUCGAGGAUUUCGUUGUCUGGAGAUUAAAAAUUUCUUCUUCUUCUUCAAUUCAAUUCAAGUCCAGCAAAUGAACAACCGUAAUGUCUUCUCGGGGUAGCACUAGGGGAGGCAGGGGCGCACGAUCCGGACGCGGCGGUCGCGGCGCCUCCGCGACGGCAGCAGUCCCUUCCACUCGUCCUUCCAUCGAGGGUGCAGACGGCGAUGCACCAGCGCCAGCCCCAACACCAGUACCAGCACCGGUACCAAAUGCGCCCACGACAGCGGCAGCACGGGCGAUCACCAUAGAAUCGAGUCAAUCCGCCGCAAACUCGCCGGCAUCAACACCCGCCCCGUCAUCUUCGUUGCGCGGCGGCAGGUUCAAGCCCAAGGCUGUGCGCAGAGAUGCUGCAGAACGACAGAAGCUCGAGGACCAGCGAAACCGAGACUUGGCCGCCAAAAUCAAGGUCGAGGAGAAAGAACAGAGAGAUGCCGACCGCAGAGCGAGGAGGGGCGGCCAGCGGGGACGCGGAAGAGGCGACGCUGGCUUUAUCCGCAGGACCGUCACGGGCAGUGGUGCCUUCUCCGGCGUCGGCCAAGGUAUGUCUGGCGUUGUGCCUCAAUAUGUGCGUUUUACUGAUCAGCUGGUAGAUGUGCUCAGGAAAGGUGGAG